GCGGCGGUGAAUAUUUCAACCGUGAAUAAGCGAAAUUUUUCCGUGCCAAAAGAAUAAUAAAUACAGUGGGCCCGUCUGACUCUCAACCACCUUUAAACAAACAAAAAUAUGCAGAUCGAGAAUUCUUUCAACCUCGAAAAGCUAAGCGACACCGCCCAAAAGUUGCUUAGUACCAUACGCGAAGCGAACAAAAUGGAGGUUGUGGGUGUCAUUGCUUGUGCUUUGACGGCCCAGUAUGUUAUCAAUACCUUUUUGCUGGAUCGCCUCCGCGCCAUACCCGGUCCGUUCGUGGCUAAACUAUCGCGCUUUUACGAUGUCAAACUAAAGGCAUCUGGCAAGGCGUGGCUGCUGAUCGACGAGCUUCAUAAUAAAUACGGCAAAGUGGUUCGAACAGGCUAUAAUACUGUGUCGAUCCGAGAUCUAGACGCCGUCAAGCAAAUAUAUGGAAAUGAAAGGUUCCGCAAGUCGUCUUUUUAUGAUGCGUUCGUUUUCAAUGGGGCUCAUAACAUGUUUGCGACCACUGUCCCCACAGAUCACGCCAGGUACCGCCGCAUAUUAGCACCGGGAUUCAGCCAGGCAACCCUCGACGGUCUAGAAGAUGUCAUAAUGGACUCAGGUAUUCUUGCUUUAAUGGACAAAUUCGAUACAAAGUUCGCAAAUCAGCAUGUCGUCUGCAAUUUGUUUGACGAAUUCCAUCUUCUGGCAUUUGAUAUUCUUGGCGAAAUGGCCUAUGGCAAAAGCUUUGAUAUGAUUAAGUUACAAUCUCAUCCAUUUGCCGACUGGCUGAAGACACGAACCAAGCAGAUGCCAGUUACGACCACUUUUCCUGGUAUAAACCGUUAUCCCCGGUUAUUAGGCCUGUUGUUUCCUCGAGCAGCAAAAGCUACCGAAAAUAUCUUCGACUUCUCGAAAAAGUCAAUGGAGGAUCGGUUAGCUGAUAAGGACAACACAAGAAGAGAUUUCACGGCACUGAUGUUGGCGGCUUUGGAUUCAGACAAGAAGUCUAAUUACUUGACCGUGCCCGAGAGCCAGGUAGCAUCCGUCAUGUUGAUAGUUGCCGGAACCGACACCACUAGCAACUCCAUGACCUUCAUUGCGUUCUUGUUGGGUAAACACCCCAAAGUCAAAGAACGUCUGUUCCAGGAAUUGGUUCAAGCCAUGCCUGAUAAGAACUCAACCUUGAGAUAUAAGGAUGCUAGAAAGGAUCAGUUGCCAUAUCUGUGGGCUGUCAUGAUGGAAGCGACUCGUUUGUAUCCUGCCGUGCCUGGUGGUUUACCUAGAGUGACUCCAAAGGGAGGCGAAAUUAUCGGUGGACAGUUCAUUCCUGAAGGAACGAUUGUCGAAGUGCCAGCGUGGUCAAUCCAGCACGAUGCGAGCAUAUUCGAAGAGCCUUUUGAAUUCAAGCCAGAAAGGUGGUUAGCCGACGACUCUGAGGAGUUGGCCAAGCACCACCUUCUGUUCUCAUAUGGUCCACGUAUGUGUGCUGGCAAGAAGUAAGUAGUAGACUUAGGGAUGACGCCUGCAGUGGCCGUAAUAUUAAUCACCAUUGAACAGCUUGGCUAUGAUGGAGAUGACCUUGACUAUGGCUCACUUGUUCCGACGGUACG